AUGUCAUCACCAUCAAAACUAGAAGAGAACCUAAGCAUAAACGAUAAGACUAACCGACAACCUUCAUCUCCUCCACCAUCACAUACUCAAAAAUGCCUUGCAAAUAAAGCGAAGAUGUUUCUUGCAGAGCUAAGAGUUCAAAGAGGAAUAGCCCUUCCACUGGUGGCCAUGAACUUGCUUUGGUUUGCCAAGACAGCCAUCACAACAGCUUUUCUGGGUCGAAUGGGGGAACUCAGCUUAGCCGGUGGCGCACUCGGGUUCACUUUUGCCAAUGUCACUGGCUUCUCUGUCUUGAACGGUCUAUGCGGUGCCAUGGAACCUAUCUGUGGACAAGCACAUGGUGCUAAAAACUUCAAGCUCCUUCACAAGACCCUUCUCAUGACAACCUUAUUGUUGAUAUUGGUAACAAUUCCCAUAUCUUUCUUGUGGCUUAGUGUUGACAAGAUUUUGAUUCGUUUUGGCCAACAACAUGAUAUCUCAGUUGUGGCAAGGACCUAUCUUUGUUAUCUCAUACCUGAUUUGUUAAUCACCUCAUUCCUCUGUCCCUUAAAAGCCUACUUGAGUUCUCAAUGCAUUACUCUUCCUACCAUGUUUAGUUCUGCUUUAGCACUAGCCAUUCACAUACCCGUUAACAUACUACUCUCCAAGGCCAUGGGACUCAGAGGAGUUUCAAUGGCGGUUUGGAUAACUGAUUUGAUAGUUGUGGUUCUGUUGGCCACAUACGUUGUAAUUCUGGAAAGUAGAAAUGGAAGCGGAUGGAAGGAAGGAGGGUGGUGGGAUCAUAGCUUCAUGGAAUGGAUUAGGUUGUUCAAGCUUUGUGGGUUGUGUUGCCUCAACACGUGCCUCGAGUGGUGGUGUUAUGAGAUUAUAGUUUUGCUUACUGGCCACUUGGCAAAUGCCAAGGAAGAAUUGGGAGUUCUAGCUAUUGUGUUAAACUUUGACUAUUUGCUUUUCUCAGUGAUGCUAUCUCUAGCCACUUGUGUUUCAACCCGUGUCUCAAAUGAGCUUGGCGCGAACCAACCUGGUCAUGCUUAUAGAUCAGCAUGUGUGUCUCUGGCUGUGGCCUUUCUCUCAGGUUGCAUUGGAAGCUCGGUGAUGGUGGCUGCGAGGGGGGUUUGGGGUGCCUUGUUCACCCAUGACAGGGGAAUUAUUGAGGGAGUAAAGAAGACAAUGUUGUUAAUGGCUCUUAUGGAAGUGUUUAAUUUUCCAGUUACAGUUUGUGGAGGCAUAGUGCGAGGGACUGCUCGACCUUGGUUAGGCAUGUAUGCUAAUCUUGGUGGAUUCUAUUUCCUGGCCCUCCCAUUGGCUGUGGUUUUUGCCUUCAAGCUUCGCUUGGGACUUGUUGGACUCUUCAUUGGACUCUUGGUUGGUGUUGUUACCUGCUUGAUUUUGUUAUUAUCAUUUAUUGCGAGAAUAAAUUGGGUCGAAGAAGCUACCAAGGCACAAACUUUAGUCUCUGUCGCACAGGCACAGGAAGUUCCCAAAAAUGACGUAAAUGAAUGUAUUGAAGCCCAUGAAAAUGAUCAAGUAUGA